UCAAUUCCACUCCCUGAAAUGUCCGAUCAACUCAGCAAUGGUCUCGAGGUCGAAAUCACGAAAUCCUUGAGUUCUCGGCACACGUAUCAAGAGUUCCAAUAACAGUCUCAUUGUUUGCUGUGUAGAAAUUCGUCUACAGCCCAGAGAGAGCGAGAGAGAGAGAGAGAGAGAGAGAGGGGGCUCUGCGAAAGUUUGCAGAAGAUCUAGAUCAAGCGGAAGGUAAUUCCACAUCAGAAGAAAGGGUUGAUUGCAUCACAUCGAGUUUAGAAAUGGGGGGACGUGCAUUGCUUUGCAGUAUAGUGAGGAAUGGGGUCAGGCAGGUGAAUGUGCAAGCUUCUCACAUGUGUAGAUCGGAAUUCGAAUCCAGCACAAUUCACAGAACAUCAAACUUCUCAUCCGAUGGUCUUGUUAGAAAUCGUGUAACGCCCUGCGUCGGAAGGGUGGCUGGCUUCCAUGCAUCUCGAAGAGCGGAGUACGCUCACGAGCCGACGUAUGGGGUCGGUCCGGUACUGGGAGGUGAUCGAGAUCCGAAGACCAAAGGCGACACUCCCGAUGACUUUCGUGCACUGGACAUUCAUGCCGCAGAGCCCAAGGAGAUCACGAAGGAGGCUGCAGCCGAAGCGAUGCAAGAACCUCCCGACUUUCAGAUGAAGAAGAUCAUUCCGGAGGAGUCGAAACCUUUCGAAAGAGAUGCGGAUCCUCAAGAAACAGGCGGAGGCAAAGCGUUCGAGGAGAAAACGCGCAAGCAAGAAGGCACCGCUCAAUAUCAGGGAGACACCACAGGCACGGAGAAAAGUGGGCACGAAGUCGAGGGCCAGUACGGAGCCGGUCCCGACGAAGGCAAAACCACGAGGGCAUGAGCGGACGAGGUCCCUCGCUCGACCCCCAUCCGACAGAGGAGCACGGUCCUCUGCAGCCAGUGCCGCUGGAGUGGCACCGUCGCCCGUCUCAUGAAGACUCGAGCGUCAGAAUCGUCGAGCAUCGUCCUCAUGAGACUCUUUCCACCGUGCGAGUCCUCGAUCACUCUCAGUAGAAAUGCCCGCGAAUGGAAAGGUCCAUCUGUUGGGACGACGUGCAAGUCGUGAAAGAAAUGCGGUUUCCAGUUCUCCUCGCCCUCAAUCGACGCGAGGAUGUAUUGUUAAUUUAGUCACAAAUCGCUCGAUCGGAAGGCAAUCUUCCAGAUUUCUUAGAAAUCCUUUGUAUACAGACAUUGGUCAGUCGACAACGACUCCACUUUAUAAGACAGUACGUCGUCAUCUUUCCUUGAUGGAAAACUUGCAGUUUCACAGUUAAGAAGAGUUCAAUUUGAAGAUUUGUGCUUUGAAGCGCCCCAUGAUGAGAUUAGAGUGGGAUCGGAGGGUCUACCUGUAUCACGUUAAGUCUUUAGAGACAGAAAUUGGUGCUACGAGUUAUUGGAAGCGUGUAAGUCAUGCUGACCCUACUGAUUCAGAACAGCGUGCACAAGCGAGAGAGUGAUGAAAGAAAAUAAAAUGUUGUAAUUUUCACGACCUGUCCGUGAUUAUGCACUAGACUGAAAUCGGAAAGAGAUUCGUAGUGUAAGGAUUUGAGCUCUUUGAUAACUGUGCGACAUGUUGUUAUAAGCGG